CGUACCAUAUACCUCCUUCCCACAUAGAGGAGGGAUGCGAGACAGAGGGAGGGGGAAUCCAAAGUCCAUAGUUGAGUAGCAGUUUUUUCCAUUGCUAUCGAAUGCUUCAACUUCUUCUACACAAUCUCCAAUCCAACAAGCAGCGCAUCAAACGGGUUCAUUUCAUUGUCCCCCAAUUCACUCCUUAUCUACCACAUUAUUCUCUGUUCUCCUCCGUUCCUGUUCAUCCUUCGCGUCGAUCUUCUCCAUCAGCUAUAAAACCCACUAACAUCCAUCCAAUUCCGAUUAACUUUCGAGGCAUUGCAAAAGAUGUGAUACCAGAUUGUUCUUAUCUCUUUGAUUGCAGCAGCGGUGAGACUUUGGCCAACUCUUCUCUCAAAUAUUUCAUUUUUAGGCUUUCUUGUAUCUCCCCAGAAACUGUUCGCAGAUUUUGGAGAGUUCAUCCGUUAAAACCUCAAGACGUUCUUGAAAUUCUUCUGGGUUUUCAAUGUGUCUGCAAUAAUAUUUGGCUUGAGGCUGAAAAGAUUGAUUCUUUGUGGGGGAUUUUUAGGCGGGCAAGCCAGCAGAGUAAGGGGUUUGAGCAUCUUUCUCAAUCUUACAAGAUCAUGGCCUCCAUGCUUAUCCGGGCCGGGAUGUUUGAGGAGGUUGAAUGCUUGCUUUCCAUGGCUACAAGUCAGGAAGUUCUCUUCGAUGAUCAUGAAAUUUUCAGUAAUUUGAUUCAAGGGUAUGUGGGUGAGCUCCAUUUGGAGAAGGCUGUUGCAAGUUAUGAUAGAAUGAGGAUUCUAGGCUUAGUCCCAUCAUUGUCAUGCUAUGAACUCCUUCUCAAGUUCUUGAUUCAACUAAAUGUGACCCAACUGGCACCUCAAAUUUUUGCGGAUGCUAUAACUCUAGGUAUGGGAAGGACAGUACCACAAGGGCACAUUUAUGGGAGUGUUGUUAGGCUUUUGUGUGCAGACGGUAAAGUUCAGGAUGCUAGAAAUCUUGUCAAGAAAGGUCUUACUCUUGGAAUUAAGCCCAGCAACUUAGUUCUCAAUGCAAUGGUGACUGCGUACUGCGAGAAGAGGGAUUAUGAUGACAUACUUAGUUUCUUUGUCGAAUGUGCCAACUCCUUCCGCCUGAGGCUGGAAGAAUUGGGUUUUUGUUCCAACGAAAUAACCCUCGGAAUUUUGAUUGGGUGGAGUUGCCGAGAGGGGAAAAUCAAAGACGCUUUCAUUUAUUUUAAUGAGAUUCUGUCAAGACGUCUCAAGCCACAGGGGUAUUCAUAUGACGCUCUUCUGAGCGGGCUCUUCAAGCAGGGCAUGUGGAAGCACUCUCAAGAGAUUCUCUAUGAAAUGAAGGAAACCACAGAUGGGCUCCAACUGUC